UUCUUUUCUAUCAUUAGAAUGGAUCACAUUCCUCGUCUAUCUGAGGUCCUGUACGUGGGUCUGUGUGGUAAGAUAGGGACACCGACAGAAGUGGCCAUCAGAAGGGACGUGAUGGACAUGGAGGAGAUGAUAAGGAAACCUGUACAAAUGUAUAUUGGAUGUAGAUAUAUAGACUCUGGUAGUUACAGGGAAGGUUUUCGGUUUGACCCCUCUGAUCGGGAUACAAUGUUUUGGAUUCAUAGCCAUAAAAUGAUAAGCAAACUAUCUCAGUCCAGCAUUUACAAGGCAUCAAAACAUACCAUUAUUCUAAUGGAAGAGACAGAUACACCGCCUGGAUUUGUUCGAUUACAACUCCUUACACAGCCAAAGGACACCAUGAUCAAAUCAGCACUUGUUUCCUUGAACGGUACACACUAUCUUUCAAAUUUAUUUUGGAAGGAAAAAUAUUUGCGAGAGUUUAAAGAAAACAAAGGAUAUCAAAAUAUAGACGGACAUGGUCCUUGUUUAACUGGUUACUGUGAAAAUAUUGAAAUUGAUUAUGCUCUUUGUCUUAACAGUAUACACUGGACAAAAAUAACAAGUAAUUGGAUUAACCGAUCUCGUGAUUACACCUGGCCUCCUGAAUUUGUGUUAACUGAAAUUCUGAAGAACGGUUUUCAUUGUGUUGCUAUCGGGAAUAAUAUUUUAUCUCCUUACUAUGAAUUAGAGUGGAGAUUAUCGUUUUCUCGAGCCGAACAUAAAUUAGUUUGUACCAUGAACCAUACCCAAUUUUUAUGUUACGGUCUACUGAAAUUAUUUCUGAAGGAAGUAAUCAAUCACAUUAUCCGCGAACCAUUACUUUGUUCAUAUCACAUAAAAACUUCAAUGUUCUGGAUAAUGCAGUUGAAUACUACUCAAUGGUGCCGAAACAAUUUACUGAACAGUUUCUGGAAAUGUUUUAAAUAUCUCAUUCAUUGUGUUUACCAUGGCGAGUUUCCCAAUUUUUUCAUUCCACAAAAUAACAUGUUUUCAAACAAAGUAAUUGGAUCUACUCGUUGUUGUUUACUAGAACAACUUAAUCAAUAUUACAGAAUGGGUGUGUCUUGUCUUCUUCUUAGUCCGACUCUCAGAUCAAUCCUGGAUCCAGCUCUAAGGACUCUAUCGUUUGUGGUUCAUUUUGUCGAGGGUCAUGUUAAUUCUGUUUUAGAAAUAGAUAGAAAUGCCAACAUUGAAAUAUUUUCUCUUUCGUUUUCAAUUAGCUCUUAUCAACAAAUUGUUACACAAUUGAAAUCGGUUGAAAGAUUAUUGCAAUUUUCAUUCUCGCCAUACCAAACACUUACUUUACAAUAUUGUACACCUCUAACUCUUAUUGACAUAGUGUUCAUCACGGCACAAAGUUCUUCCUGUAUCUGUCAUAAAGAAACGUUUGCAUUAGAAAGAAUAUCUUGUAACAUACUGAAACUGGCAGGAAGGAUAGGUUGUGUGUCUGAUUUACUGUACUUAGCUUUGUAUUACUAUAGAAUUGAAUGGUUGUCUGUGUUAUCUUACUACAGACUAGGGAAUCAGUCUCUAUAUCAACAGUCACUGUCAGACUUUAAAACUCUGCUGUUAUAUGAUGAUUGGCGAUAUAUACCUACACAUCAAAGAGACCUAGCCUGGCAGAUACUUGGGAUUUGUCAGCACGUUGUUGGGGACUUAUAUGGGGCUUUAUAUUCUUAUCAAGAGUCACUGAAACAGGAGCCAUGCCACCAAAUACAGAAAGCCACAGAAACUAGAAUAAGUUGUGUUGAAAGACAACUUCAAUAA